ACUGAAAGAAGCGAUCAUGUCCAGCCUCACAUUCAAGCAGGACGAGUUCAAGAUUGUGUACAUCCCAGCAGACCAGAGCCAGGCGUUGGAAGAGUGGACGGUGGCCAUCCCGCCGGGUAAGAAGAUCGAAUGCCUCACCAAUCGGCUCAAGGAGCACUUUCAGGCUGCCACGCCGUCAGCUUCUGCCGAGGAGAAGGAAGCACAGCGGGAGGCGAUUCGCCAGCAACUGCAGGAGAAGAUGCCUGGUGGUGCUACGGUGCCGAGCGAGCUUGUCGACCACUUUGCGCUGAUGAGCACGGUCGACACGGUCCCGCUGUUGGUCAACAAGGCGGCUCACGACUACAUCGGCGUCUUUCUCUACGUCGACGACCAGGGCGUGAUCAAGAACCUCCCGCUUAACGAGCGGGCAAGCCUGGUGGCCAUGGCGGCAGGAAACCCACUGAGGGUCAUGGGCGACGCCUUUCUUGGCAUGAUCUACGACAACGACGACGACUUUGAGCGGCUGGACUUUACGCUCGACACGCUCAAGAACGGCGAGUGGCGGGCUAAGGCCAAGGCCGACAACGAGGCCAAGGCCGCCAAGGCCGCAGCCAGCGGCGGACAGGUAGCCAACUCGGGGGCGACGCCUGGCUCGGCACGAUCCCGUUGUGCGCAGGGCUUCCUCGCCGCGUGCACCAAUGAGGGCAAGCUGCGGUGCGCGCGAUGCAAGAACAUCCUGUACUGCUCGAAGGAGUGCCAGCGGGCCGACUGGAAGCGGCACAAGGCGAGCUGCACCAAGUAAGGCUACAGUAGCAAUAACACCCAAGGGAAGCACAGGAGCAGGAUAAUAGAAAUAAAACAAUUUGCUUGCUG